UUUGUCCGUACACAUGUAGGUGAAUUAAGGGUUUGCAUAGUGAAUCACACCAAUGUUCCAUGCUUUCUCUUCGCAAAUCGUUGCCAACUCGCUAUUUCAGGCCAAUUUCCACGGUGUUCCCAUUGCAACGGUGGAUUCACCGCAUUUUUUCAUCAGCAACAGUUUCUUUCCAACAGGUAUCACAUGACCGUGAGAACAAGAUCAACGUUGUAUUCCAUUCUUGCACCGAGAUUGGUACUGCCAAGCAGCUUCACGCGCUUCUUACGGUGUUGGGUAAGGCUCAAAAUGUCGUUUUGUUCACCCAGCUUGUUACUUUGUAUGCCACUCUUGGGGACCUCUCAUUGUCUCGCAACACUUUUAAGCACAUUCAGAGGAAGAACAUUUUCACAUGGAACUCAAUGGUGGCUGCUUAUGUUCGGUGCGGGAGAUACCGUGAUGCUAUGGAUUGUGCCAGUAAGUUGUUAUCUAAUUCUGGUGUAAGACCUGACUUUUACACUUUCCCCCCAGUGUUGAAGGCGUGCAUGAGUGUGGUUGAUGGGGAGAAGAUGCAUUGCUGGGUUUUGAAGAUGGGUUUUGAGCAUGAUGUGUAUGUGGCUGCUUCCUUGAUCCAUCUGUAUUCAAGGUUUAGUGCUGUGGAUGUUGCCCACAAGGUAUUUGAUGAUAUGCUCGUACGGGAUAUAGGGUCUUGGAACGCGAUGAUUUCGGGGUUUCUUCAGAAUGGGAAAGCAACCAGGGCGUUGGGUGUUUUGGGUAGGAUGAAGGUUGAAGGGGUGGAGAUGGAUACAGUUACGGUGGCUAGUGUGCUUCCUGUUUGUGCGCAAGUGAAUGAUGUUGUUUGUGGGAUGUUGGUUCAUUUGUACGUGAUAAAGCAUGGGUUGGAAAGUGAUGUUUUUGUUUGCAAUGCUUUGAUUAAUAUGUAUUCGAAGUUUGGUAGGCUGCAGGAUGCACAGAGGAUUUUUGAUGGCAUGAAGGUGAGAGAUGUGGUGUCUUGGAAUUCUAUAAUAGCUGCAUAUGAGCAGAAUGAUGAUCCAGUUACUGCACUUGGUUUCUUUAAAGAGAUGCAGUUUGUGGCAAUGGGACCUGACUUAUUGACAGUUGUGAGUUUGAUCUCAAUUUUUGUUCAGUUAAGUGAUCUGAGGAUUGGCAGGGCUGUUCAUGGAUUUGUUGUGAGGCGUGGUUGGCUUGAGGAAGAUGUUGUUAUUGGUAAUGCUCUUGUGAAUAUGUAUGCCAAAUUGGGUUUGAUAGAUUGUGCACUUGCAGUUUUCGAACAGCUUCCUAGAAGAGAUGUAAUUUCAUGGAACACUUUGAUCACAGGUUACGCUCAAAAUGGUCUUGCAAGUGAGGCAAUUGAUGCUUACAACAUGAUGGGAGAAUGCAGAGCGAUAAUCCCCAACCAAGGAACAUGGGUGAGCAUUCUCCCAGCAUAUUCCCAUAUUGGAGCUUUGCAACAAGGAAUGAAAAUUCAUGGGAGGCUAAUCAAGAAUUCUCUUUACUUGGAUGUAUUUGUGGCUACCUGCCUAAUUGACAUGUAUGGGGAAUGUGGGAAGUUAGAGGAUGCAAUGUCCCUAUUCUAUGAAAUUCCCCGGGAAACUUCAGUCCCUUGGAAUGCAAUAAUAUCUUCUCUCGGGAUUCACGGGCAUGGAAAAGAAGCUGUGCAACUUUUCAAGGAUAUGCAAGCUGAAGGGGUAAAGGCUGACCAUAUAACUUUUGUAUCAUUGUUGUCGGCUUGUAGCCAUUCGGGUUUAGUUGAUGAGGGUCAAUGGUGCUUUGAUUUGAUGCAGAAAGAUUGUGGGGUCAAGCCCAAUUUGAAACAUUAUGGCUGCAUGGUGGAUUUAUUUGGAAGAGCUGGGUAUUUGGAGAAGGCAUAUAAUUUAGUAAACAAUAUGCCCAUACAAGCAGAUGCAUCCAUUUGGGGUACUCUCCUUGCUGCUUGUAGAAUACAUGGAAAUGCUGAAUUGGGUACUUUUGCUUUAGAUCGCUUGUUGGAAGUUGAUUCAGAGAACGUUGGCUAUUAUGUUUUGCUGUCAAAUAUCUAUGCAAAUGUUGGGAAAUGGGAAGGAGCAGUUAAAGUAAGAUCCUUAGCCAAAGAUAGAGGAUUGAGGAAAACUCCUGGAUGGAGCUCUGUUGUAGUAGGUAGUGUAGUUGAAGUCUUUUAUGCAGGGAACCAAACUCAUCCACAAUGUACAGAGAUAUACAAUGAAAUAAGGGUUUUGAAUGCUAAAAUGAAAAGCCUCGGUUAUGUUCCAGACUAUAGUUUUGUCCUACAAGACGUUGAGGAGGAUGAGAAAGAGCAAAUUUUGACAAGUCACAGUGAGAGGUUGGCCAUUGCAUUUGGACUUAUCAGCACCCCACCAAAAAGUCCCAUUAGGAUAUUUAAAAACUUGCGUGUUUGUGGUGAUUGCCACAAUGCUACCAAGUACAUAUCCAAAAUUACUGAAAGGGAAAUUAUUGUGAGGGAUUCUAACCGUUUUCAUCACUUUAAAGACGGGUUUUGUUCAUGUGGUGAUUACUGGUGACUGAUGAAUUUCCAUUUGUUAAUAUUUUUCUAGACUAAUUAUUUUCUUAUUUUAGAUUAGAUUUGAUUUUUUCAAAAAUAAAAAUUCUGUUAUUCCAAAUAUGUGUUAAUAUGAGCUUAUUAGAUAGAAUUUAGUUUAGUCUAGUUUUCUUUCAUAUUCAUUAGUUUAGCUCAAUUAAGUUUUCCUUAGUUACAUUUGCGGGUUUUGUUAUUUUUCAGAGUUAGUACUAGUUUGUAGCUUUUAGGCCAUAUCAGUUUCUGUUUUUAGACUUGAGUUCUGAUAUUCUCUUGUUCUUGAAUUUUCGCGUUUACUUAUUUUUGUUUCUGAACCUGAUGUGUUUUUUUCUUCUUUUUUUUUCGUGUCUUGAAUUAGGAAUUAGUAUAGUUCAUUGUCAUUUGUUGUUUCACAGUUUCAGUCACUUCAUUUUAGUUUUAUUUUCACUGCAUUUUAGCUUAUCACUGCAUUUUCGAUUCUGCUGUGCCUGGCCAUUCACUGCAUUCACUCUCAAAUGUUGUUUCUAGUUUCUGUCCAAUUUACAUGCAUUGCAUUUGUGUUUCUGCUGCCAGUCACUGUUUGCAUUUUAAUUUCACGGUUCCAGCCACUGUCCAGUUCUUCCCAACCACAAUAUCAUUUCAGCUUAGCCACCCCAUUUUAGCUUUAGCCCAUAUCACUUUUGACUACUAGUACUAUUUUGCAAAAUUUACUAAAAAUAGGCAGACAUUGAUUUUUGAGUCAAUUUUCUUUGUGCUGACUUCUAUUAGUGUAUAUUUGUUUGCAGAGUCUUUGCAUUCCGCAUAUUAGUCGUAGAUUCUGUUUUGCCAAAAUUUGGUGGUGUAAAAGCUUGAAAUGAUCGCAGCUCAAAAUGUGUUGAACUGUAGAAUGGCCGGAAGUUGUGUUUCAAUUCGGCUGGCCAACUUCCAAAGGAGUUUGAGGUCCCAAAUUUUCAAAAUUCUACCAUCUACUAUAUCUUUUCUAUUUUCUUAGUAUUUUUGCCCCAUGUUACUAGAUUUCAGAAAUUUAUUUCACUUACCUAUACUAUUCAGAAAAUUCUAAAACUUUUUUGUGGUAUUUUCUAGCUGUAAAUAGAGAUUCAAACUAGCUGUAUAUGGUGUUUUCUAGACCCUAUAUUUUAGAUCCUUUUUUUUUUAUACUUUGAUAUGUAGAACAUUCCAUUUAGUGUUUCACCCAUUUCUCUGUAUAUGGUGUUUUCUAGACCCUAUAUUUUAGAUCUUUUUUUUUUUAUACUUUGAUAUGUAGAACAUUCCACUUGGUGUUUCACCCAUUUCUUUUCUACUGUAUUGAUUUGUUUCUGCUUUUUGUGAGUACAUAUUUUGCAUCCUCUUUCUUACUAAUAUUCAUAGGACAUUCCAUAGAAUUCAUAUAAAAAUCGCAUAAUUUUUUUUCCAUGCAUUGCAUAUAGUUAGUCAUUUCUCACAGCAUAGUUCAUUUUGUUGUUUCAAUCUAUUUCACUGUUUACUGCUGCAGUUUUCAAUAUGUUUCUGUUCUCAGCCAAAUGUUACUCCUCAUGGUGCAAUGGAAAUUAAAGAUGAAGUUUCCAGUACAAAGCCUUCAAGUAGACCUGUCGAGACAAUUUUUGGAUUUAGAUGGAACAACAUUCAUGAAACCUGUGUUGGAGGAGGAGAGCAGCAGAAGGGAUUUGAUUCAUCAGCACACUGGAAACAUCUUUUUUUUUUUUUUCUGUUCUUUCUCACAUUGAGGACAAUGUUUGGCUCAAGGGUGGUGGGAGGUUUUAUUUCUCUUUUGCUGAUUGAUAGUUAUUCUCUGGUUUUCAUUUUAUAUUUGAGCUCAUUUCUGUUUGUUGUUUC